AUGUGCAUUUCUGUAAUUCAUGUAAACUAUCUUUUGCUAUCUCAAUUAUUUCAUUUGUUUAUUUUAGGUGGCUUUGAAGACCUUGGCAUACGGAAGAAGAAAGGUGCAGUCUAUCAGCUUAUCGACAGAAUAAGAAGACUUGGCCCUGACACAAAACAAGACAAAACAACAAGGGAAAAAUCCGACCAAAAAUCAUUAGAAAAGAGUGAAAAAACGCGUUUUCCCAGAGCUGCAACAUCUCGACCAGAAAGAAUAUGGCCUGGAGCUGUCAUUCCCUAUGUUAUUGGGGGCAAUUUUACUGGCAGUCAGCGAGCAAUGUUCAAACAAGCCAUGCGACACUGGGAAAAGCACACCUGUGUUACAUUCAUUGAGAGAACUGAUGAAGAAAGUUACAUCGUCUUCACUUAUAGGCCUUGUGGGUGCUGCUCCUAUGUUGGACGGAGGGGCAAUGGCCCACAAGCAAUAUCUAUUGGCAAGAACUGUGACAAAUUUGGGAUUGUUGUUCAUGAACUAGGACACGUGAUAGGAUUCUGGCAUGAACACACUCGGCCUGACAGGGAUGAUCAUGUUACAAUCAUUAGGGAAAACAUCCAGCCAGGUCAGGAGUACAACUUCUUGAAAAUGGAACCAGGAGAAGUCAACUCACUUGGUGAAUCGUAUGACUUUGACAGUAUUAUGCAUUAUGCCAGGAACACCUUCUCAAGAGGCAUGUUUCUGGAUACCAUUCUUCCUUCUCGUGAUGAUAACGGUGUGAGACCUGCAAUUGGUCAGCGAACCCGUCUAAGUAAAGGAGACAUUGCACAGGCAAGAAAGCUGUAUAGAUGUCCAGCUUGUGGAGAAACACUGCAAGAUUCAACAGGUAACUUCUCCUCACCAGGAUUUCCUAAUGGUUACCCUUCUUAUACACAUUGCAUAUGGAGGAUCUCUGUCACACCAGGGGAGAAGAUUCUUUUAAACUUCACCACUAUGGACCUUUACAAGAGCAGUCUCUGCUGGUAUGACUAUAUUGAAGUUAGAGAUGGCUACUGGAGAAAGGCCCCACUUCUUGGUAGAUACUGUGGUGACAAGCUACCCGAUGCCCUCCUAUCCACAGACAGCAGAAUGUGGAUUGAAUUUCGUAGCAGUAGUAACUGGGUUGGAAAAGGCUUUGCAGCUAUAUAUGAAGCUAUAUGUGGCGGAGAGAUCAACAAGGAUGCUGGGCAGAUCCAGUCCCCCAAUUAUCCGGAUGAUUAUAGACCAUUGAAGGAGUGUAUAUGGAAGAUAACAGUAACAGAAAACUACAAUGUUGGUUUAACCUUUCAGGCAUUUGAGGUAGAGAGACAUGAUAACUGUGCCUAUGAUUAUGUGGAAGUCCGAGAUGGUACCAGUGAAAACAGUCCUUUGAUUGGUCGUUUCUGUGGUUAUGAUAAACCUGAAGACAUCAAAUCUACCUCUAACACACUGUGGAUGAAGUUUGUGUCCGAUGGAACAGUUAACAAAGCAGGCUUUGCUGCUAACUAUUUUAAAGAGGAAGAUGAGUGUGCCAAACCUGACAAUGGAGGAUGUGAACAACGGUGUGUUAAUACUCUAGGCAGUUAUAAGUGUGCUUGUGAGCCUGGCUACGAAUUGGCUCCUGAUAAGAAGAACUGUGAAGCUGCUUGUGGAGGACUUAUCUCAAAAUUGAAUGGAACAGUUACAACACCAGGAUGGCCUAGAGAGUACCCACCAAACAAGAAUUGUGUCUGGCAAGUGGUCGCUCCUACCCAGUACAGGAUCUCACUGAAGUUUGACAUUUUUGAACUGGAAGGCAAUGAAGUGUGCAAAUAUGAUUAUGUGGAGAUCCGCAGUGGCCUCUCGUCAGAUUCAAAACUGCAUGGCAAGUUCUGUGGUACCGAAGUGCCUGAAGUUGUAACUUCCCAGUACAACAACAUGAGAAUUGAGUUCAAAUCAGACAAUACUGUAUCAAAAAAGGGAUUCAAAGCAUACUUCUUUUCAGACAAAGAUGAGUGCUCCAAGGACAAUGGUGGCUGCCAGCAUGACUGUAUCAACACUGUAGGGAGUUACGUAUGCCAGUGUCGUAAUGGAUUUGUGCUGCAUGAGAACAGACAUGACUGUAAGGAAGCUGAAUGUGAACACAAGAUCCACAGUGCAAAUGGAGUCAUAACCAGUCCCAACUGGCCAGACAAAUAUCCUAUUCGGAAAGAAUGUACAUGGGAAAUCUCUGCUACGCCAGGUCACAGAGUGAAAUUAACGUUUUCUGAAUUUGAAAUUGAACAACACCAAGAAUGUGCCUAUGACCACCUUGAGGUAUUUGAUGGAGAAACAGUUAAAUCGCCAAUCCUAGGUCGGCUUUGUGGCAGCAAGAUGCCAGAUCCCAUUGUCUCAUCAGGAAACAAAAUGUACCUUCGUUUCAUUUCUGAUGCAUCCGUCCAAAGAAAAGGCUUUCAGGCUACACAUGCUACAGAAUGCGGUGGCAGACUGAAAGCUGAAGCAAAACCUCAGGAUUUAUACUCCCAUGCUCAGUUUGGAGACAACAACUACCCUGGGCAAGUGGACUGCCAGUGGCUGAUAGUUGCAGAUAAAGGUUAUUCUGUAGAGCUAAUCUUUCAGACAUUUGAGUUGGAAGAAGAAGCAGACUGCAGUUAUGACUUCAUUGAGCUUUUCAAUGGCCUUGAUUCUUCAGGCCCUCGACGUGGGCGAUACUGUGGAUCUGGGCCACCAGAAGAAAUUUACUCCUCAGGUGAUGCUAUUCUUCUUCACUUCCACACAGAUGAUACAAUCAGCAAAAAAGGAUUCCACAUACGGUAUCUAAGUACAAAAUUUCAGGAAGACUUUCAAACCAAAGAAUAAAUGCAAGAACUUCAUCAGCAAAAAUAUGACCUUGCUUUUUUAUGACAGUAAUGAAGACAGAUGUAUUGUAUAAUGAGAAGAGACAGAAAUUGAUCCUCUGAAGAGAUCAAAUGCCUCACAUGUUUCAGUGGAAUAGAUGUUAAGGUGAAACUGCGCAGGAGACGCAUGCCACUGUUUUCUUCAGAACUUGUGAAACGGAGCAGCAUGCACCAGAAAAAAAGACUCCAAUAUACACAUCACUGCUUGACAUCAUGGAUGCCUGCAGUCUUCAUCAGCCCAGUUCUAAGGAAGAGCUCCUAGUGACUAUUUUUUCUUUUAGCUAUGUGCUUUUUCCAUAAAGGGAACUUCUCUGUGGUCAGCUACUCCUCAGUAGGUCACCAGACUUAAAGUAAAGUGAUGAAAAAAAGCUAUAAGAAUUUGUAUGUAGUUCUGGUAAAGUUCAAAUAUUUAUGUUGAAUCCUGGUAUUGAAGUUGUUUAUUUUAAGAUGAGCUGGUUCUGUUUUUAAUAAAAUGAAUAAUUCUGUCCCUGCUUAUAAUUAUGUAGCUUUUGAACCAAGGUCCCGAAAUAACUCAAGAUUUUCAGUUGUUGAAAGCUUUCAGGGUAACUUUGACUAGAUUCCAAAGCAAGUCUUGUAAUACAUGGAUGUCUUAUCUUGCAAUUUAUGUAAAUGAACUGGGGAAGUGACUUGAUUAAAAAUGUAGCAACUUUAAUUAUGCUCAAUGCAUAGUUCAGAGUAUUUACUAUGAAACAAUACAGGAUCAUUUAGAGAAACUUUCAUGUGUUUAGAACCAGGUGUAUAUUUUCUUAUACGAGUCCCGAAAUUAAACUGUUUUGCACUUAAAAACAAAAUACUGAGCAAUGUCUGCUGCAGGUUAAUGGAGACAAACAGGGCCAUCUUGACUACAGCAUUUUUUUUUCUUUUCAUUUUUAAAAUCUCUUGUCCUUGGAUAUUUUUGCAGAGCUUCUGUUCUGAUUGCUGCUAGCAUGAAUGCAUUUGGGAAACAAACUGAUAAAAUCUUUGCUCUCCAAGGUAUUCAGCACAGGACAUUCAGUUACUGUGAUACUGUUUACAGCCCAAGUAACCAGAAAAGUAAACAUCCACAGGGAAAUAGUGGAUCAAGAUAAUGAAUGACAAAUGGACUAUUGUUGCAGAAGUUUUCUAUGGUGCUACUCCAUAUCCCUACAACGAUAGUUUGAUUUAUGAGCCAGUAUUUUGUGAACUGUAAAAGCAGAAACUGCACCUGACUGUAUCUGGAGGAGAAAACAUUUUGACUUAUAGCGAGACUACAUCAGCAGCAUGGGUCCUGUGGAACAUCUGUUGUUGCCUUAGAAUAAGACGUGCAUACAUACUUGCACAUAAGGGAUCAUCAUCUGGCUUAUGUAUCCAUUUUCAUAACUAAUCUGACAACUUGAACAUUUCAAUGCAAGUAGAAUUUAAACAAAUUAGACAGCCUGCAGGCAAGAUGUAUUUAGAACUGGACCUUAAUUUAAAUGUGAAUAAGUUUAGGUCUGAAUCUCAGAUGUCUCAUUGUCAUUUAGGUCAUCAUGAAACAGUAAGGUGAUGUAUGCACGUGAUAGUUUUUGAGAAUUUAAAAAAAUGUUAGAUAUAAUGAUUUGACAGAGAACUUGCUAGUAUAUGUGCCAAUUUCUGCCAUGCCCCAUUAUUUUGUAGUUAUCUCCUUUAUGAAAUUGGUGUAGACUUUGUAAAGUGGAUUGACAGACUAAACAUGGUCAACUUUACAGUUUUAAAUUUAAUUUUCUCUUAUUGUCAUGUCUUCUGCAAGCCAUUUUUUUUCUUUUGUUAUUGUAUGAUUCCUAGUUGCUACUUCUGUUAGCACUAAUCCAUCUGUAACUUGACCAAAAAAUAUCAUGGACAUUAAUAAAUGUUAUGAAAUAUACUUUCAGUACAUACCUACCCUGUCAUUGUUAUGUUUUAGAAGCUACCUCCCAACUUGCCAGCAUUUGUGUGUGUAGUUCUGGAAAUAAAAUGGCCUGGAAUGUG